AUGGAGGAAGAUUCACCGACAGGAGGUCCACCAUCUGGUCCAUCUCCAUCGACGAAUGAUGAAUCUGCUGCAAGUCAGACUCAGACCUCAAAAUUAAAGAGAAGCCGUCCAGGGAGUUCAAGUGAGGCAGCUGUUGCGACUGUUCGUCCCAGGAUUGCAGGGGACGGUGGUACUUCGAGAAGGUCCAUAGUUUGGCAACACUUCGAACAGUUGGUAGUCGACGGUAUAUCCAGAGCCAAAUGCAACCAUUGCGAAAAACUGUACAGAUGUGAUACUCGAAAGAAUGGUACGUCUGCACUUCUUCACCAUAUUUCUGUUUGUAAGGCUAAUCCGGAUGUGACCGAGAAAAAACAAUCGAAAUUGGUUUUGCAUUCAAUAGCUGAGGAUGGUGGAAUGGCAGGGGGUUUAAUUAGUUGGAAAUUUGAUCAAGAAGCCAUUAGGUCACAACUAGCUAGAAUGAUCAUUGUUGAUGAGCUUCCAUUUCGGUUUGUGGAUGGUGAUGGAUUCAAAAACUUCAUGUCGGUUGCACAACCUAGGUUUAAAAUUCUGUCUCGUUGGACCGUGUCACGAGAUUGUUAUCAGCUAUACCUAGAUGAGAAGAUAAAAUUAAAAAAUUACUUCAAAAGAAUGGAAGAUAAAUAA